GUAGUGUGGAUUGUGGUGUUGUUUGGUUCGGCGUUUGUGGUAAACGAUUGUUUACAGUGUAUGGUGAUAGUGUAUCGUUAUAUUUAUAUCAACUAUUCAUUGGAUAAGGUGUAUUAUUAGUGAUUUUUGGUGUUUAGCGAAGUUAAUGACUUUGCAAACACAUACAUUUGUGGGGUCUAAAACAUUGUUUAUAUAGAGGAAGGGUUCCCUAGCCUCACGGCCGAGUUUGUUUAUAUUUUGAUAUGUGUAAUAGUUUUCCCUGUACAGAAGCGCGACUGAGGUGUUAUUAUAAUUAAAUAAUGUGUUUCGAGUGUUCAUAGCUAAUAUACGGUGAAGCCCAGUGAUUAUUUUACAUGUAGGUAAAGUGAAAAUCGGUAUACAGUACGUCCGAUGUUCAAGUUCAAUAUCGAUUUCCAUCAGUAAUGUGACAGAAUCCGUGAUACAUUAUUUGUACGGUUUUGUUAAUUGUUAAAAAAUUUACAUUCGCUAAACGACUACCUAUUCUAAUAUCGUUGUAUGUGAUAAAUCAAUAAUGGAGGCAAACGCUGAAAGAGAAUGCAGUGCUCUUGGAGGACUGUUUCAACAAAUUAUUCAGGAUAUGAAGAAUGGGACUCCUCUGUGGGAGGAUUUGGUAGUCAAAGCAACAAAGCUGCACACUUGCCUAAGGGCGACCAUAGCAGCGAUAUCUGCAUAUUUGGAUGCGUUUCAGAAGAUAGCAGAUGCGGCGACGAAUACCAGAGGAGCUACUAAGGAGAUUGGCACAGCUCUGACCAGGAUCUGUCUGAGACAUAAGGCGGUCGAGGCGAGAAUCAAGACGUUUUCUAGUGCAAUAAUGGACUGUCUGGUAGUUCCCCUACAAGAGAAAAUAGAAGACUGGAAGAAAGCUGUGAUUAACCUAGACAAGGAGCAUGCCAAAGACUUCAAGAGAGCGAGAGCCGAGUUGAAGAAGAGAUCCACAGACACACUGAGGUUGCAGAAGAAGGUGAGGAAAGGUUGUAAGACUGGCGAGCUGCAGCGGAAGGUGGAGAGUUGCAUGCAGGAUGUCAACGAGCGACGGUACAUUCUUGAAGAGACGGAGAAGAAGGCUGUAAGAGCCGCACUUAUAGAAGAGAGAAGUCGGUUUUGUGUGUUUGUCGCCUUUCUCAAACCUGUAGUGGACGAGGAGGUAGCCAUGUUGUCGGAACUGUCUCAUCUGCAGGAGGUGGUGGUACAACUGGAGAAACAUACAGCGGACCCGUACACCCUUCCGCCAGCUAGCGAGCAGGUGAUAGCCGAUCUAAAGAGCACAGAUAACAAUUGGACGUUCACCACGCCACCUAGCAGUCCUAGCUCUCUGGGAUCACGGAAGUCCUCGAUGUGUAGCAUCAGUUCUCUCAACAGCUCGUCCAGUGGCAGCACCAAGAGUCACCAUUCCCCUAGUCACCACUAUUGGCAUCGGUCACUGUCACAGCGUCCCACUCCACCUGGCACACUGAGACUCAGCUCCGUUAGUUCACAAGAUUCAGGAUUCACCUCUCAAGACAUGCUGUUUCCACGGCCACCGGUGUCCAACAUGGCAGAGCACAGUGAGGGCAGCAACGCCAGCACUCCGGCAGGCAACACCAAUGGUGCUCUGCCCAACCCUACGGCUACGUGGCCUAACCUACAGGAGACUCUGCAGUUUGAGAGGGCAGCUACGGCCAUCAUGAAUGAUCGACCACAUACCAUCUCCUCAGCAUAUGAGAGAGGCCACCAGCGUCCGGCUCUGACAGUCUACACGUUCCACGCCCCCGAGGGUUGCCAGUCACAGCCCAGCAGCCCGACCCCCGUGUCACCCCCACAGAGCGGGGCUCUGCCCCCCCGGCCACCCAUACCUCAGCGGUGCUCCUCUCUAGAACGCCCCACUGUACCUGCCAAGUCCUCCCCUCUGGCUAUGUACUCCCAGCCUGCUGAGCAGACCACUGAUUGCUGUUCAACCCAGCCUAUGUACGUGAACAUGCAUGAGUUGGCGAGCAUGGCUGCAUCUAAGGCUCAGGAGAUGGUGUUCCCCCCUCCUCCUCCAGAACUGUCUUCCGAUCAUCAUCCUGAGAAGACUGAGGGACAAGAGAAGGAAAGUUCUACGAGUGAGAGUUCUCUAGAGUCCAGCAGUGGCUACGGCAGUCAGACCAUGCCCGGCGGUGUCGACGACUCUAACAUGACAGCUCAUCAUGAAGUGUCGGACCCUGGUAGUGAUAUGGCCGCUAACAAGUAUUGCACGCUCCCCCGGACAAAUCCAGACCUGCGCCGUCGUCCGUUCUCCACCUCAGGUUACCCUUCUGGCACAAUGCGCAACACUUUGCUACGCCGAGGCUCCAUGCAGCAACAGAAACCUCCUCCGCCAAUACGGAGGACAUCUUCUAUAUCCAGGGGAGUGUCGUCUGUUCUGCCAAACAACAACAAUGGAGGAGGAAGCUUGGAACACCUCCCCCCUCCUCCGGCCUUCCUAUUGGAGGGAGGUGGAGCUCGCAACAUCUCCAACACCAACAAUGUAGCCGAUAUACAGAGGAAUGUCGCUUCGUCUAUCGCAGCAGAAAUACAGAAACGUAACGCAGUUGGUAACGUGUCUGAGUAUCAACGCACGGCAGCUCUAGGUAUCGCCGCAGAGUUACAGAGGAAAGUAGCCCAAAUGUCAGACAGGGGAAACCAGAAGAAUGUUGAACAGAUUUACGCCGAGAGGAAGGUCGUGGUGAAGGAAUCUAGCGGAGGAAUCAGCGUGGCCGAGACUGUUAGAACGCUGACUGAACUCAAGCAUCAGCCGGCCAGUCCGGUGAGUGUGAGACGAACUCACAGCACGAGGUCGCAGAGCUGCGAUCGUCGCAUGGAGGCUGCAACAGGACUGAUCGCAUCACUGAGUGCCAAACUGACACCAACACUGUCACCACGACACUCGCGACGCCACUCGCAGGAGAACGCAAACAACCGAGCCAACCGAGUGAGGCAGUGGAUCGCUGUGAGGACAGUGGCCGACCCGACCAUCUGCCACGACUCUCUUAUGGACCAGAUAAAGCGAGGAACCUCCCUGAAAAAGACUAGAGCUGUCAAUGACCGUUCCGCCCCCAGGAUACACUAGGUGUAUUGAUGUGAUGUGUUCUGUUUUGCGCCACAAACUGAGAGUUCUGCGUGUCUGAAUGUUUAAUCACUAAUCCCAAUCGUUUAUACAGUAUUAGGUAGGUACUUAAUCGGUGAAAAACAGUGUAGGCCUGCUUUUACAACAAAUGAAUGUCUGAAGAUGGCACUGGACAUUUUAUUUAAAACACAAACAGGCAACAUAUAUUGCUCGUUUUUGUCCAAAAUUUGUUGAUCCAGGAUCUCUGCGCAGGUAUAAUUGACCCUGAAGCUGAAUUUCUCAGAUAUACUCAGUUUUAAGCAAUUCACUACAUUUUCGAUUCUACAGCAGUGUGCUUCUUCUGGACUUAAAUAUUUUAGUUUACCAUACCGGUUUUUGAAACUGAAUAAAAGGCUACACUGUGUAAACCGAUUGGUGAUAAAACCUCAGAUAAUGACGAUACACUUUAAAACCACUUUAUUAAACGUAAGGGAUUGGAUAACUAUAUGGUUUCUGAUUAAAAAAUCAUAUUUUAGCUCUAAUAAUUCCUUUUUCUGAUCUAAGGAUUAUAUUUAUAAACAAUUUAUGUUACUCUAAAAGUUAUAAAUAUAUUUUUGCAUUUCAUGUAUACUUAAACUUGUGAAAUCACGUUUUGAUUCAAGCUGUCUAAUUCAAUGUGGUUAAAUUUGAUAGCUUUCUAGAUGGUUCAGUAUUUAUUUUGUUCUAUUCAGGUACAAUUAUUAACUUUAAGAAUUAAUUUACUUCUUUUGACAUAAAUAUCUCCCUUACCAUGUAAUGAAUAGAAUCAAAACAUGAAAAAUAGUGUUCGCAUACGACUGAUUCCGGUGUCAAAACUUAAGUGUUUGUAGUAUAGGAAGGUAAAUGACUUAAAUUAUCUUCCAUCUCCAGUCUGCUUGUUUUAUAAGAGCUUAUCUGGCCUAAGUGUAAAUGUAAUUGUUACUUCCCCAACGUUGUUGAAGUCUAGAGAUGCUAUUUUUCGAUCUCGUUCUACUGACUGAGUAAACCGUUCACUGUAUAUUUUCUGAUUGAUUGUACGCCAAAGCAUUAGUUUGAUGCUGUAGAAAAGCGAUUAAAAUAAUGUUGUAUAAUUCAAAUAAUCCGGUUAGUUUACUUUUUUUGUAUAACAGUUUAAAAAUGGGAAAAACAUGUUUUUGAAGCAGAUGGUGGUGUGCUUCGAUAAUUUUUUCAGGUUUACUUAUUAAUUUUCUUAUUCUGUUAUUAAAUGAGCAUGAAUUGUUCUGUUAGCGCAUUCCAUAUGAGUUGAGGAGUAGAGCACAUGUAUUAUAGUCUAAUUUAGUAUUUCAUUGUAUGUAUAUUUUCCCUACAUUGUUGAUUUGUUGGAUAGGUAAAGACGUGAGACGUUCAUGUUCAUAUCCUGGGGCAAAAAAGCUGCCCGAUUGUACAUUCUGCGGGUUUGAAUAUUUAUUGUUGUUGUUAUCUAAUGUAAAUAGUGUACUUCGAUGCAACAGAAAAUGUUUUGCUGACAUUUUGUAUCGAUUGAAGAACUGCUUAAUAUUAAGUAAGAUCUCUAAGAUGUCCAAAGCUAAUAUUGUGUAAGCCUAGAGUCAUGUUAAGGGUAGUUUAGGGGAUUUGUAUUACAAUUAGGGACCGGUGUUUGCUGCUAAUAAGAGGUUUCUGCUCAUUGACAGUUAUUUUAUUCAAGAGUGCUUUUGAGUCGGUUCAAUUCAAACUGCUAACAAUAGACUACAUUGUCCAUCCGUAUCAAACCUGGAUUUCUCAGCGUUUGUCACACGUAUAUAAUUUAUUUGUAAUUAUUUCUAAGUUAGUUAAUUCUACGUUUAGUCAUACAAAUAUCAGAUUCAAAUUCAUUGCAAUUUGUAAGCUGUAAAUCAUUGUAAAUAUUUUUGAAAGGUUUGUAUUUUGAAAUGUAGAAGGGUGUAGGAUAUAAUGUAAUAGUUCCUGUGUCGUCUGUAUAAAAUGUUGUAUUUAUUCUGUCUUGGCUACAUUUCUAAUUCAGCUCAAAGUCUUCUUCUUAAUUUAUUUAUCUGGCAAUACGUUUAAUCAUUUACAAAACAAAAUCUUAACUAAUGUUUGUCCAAGGACUUGUUCUGCAGCUUUUUACUCUAAACUGUAUUCGUGUUAUGCAGCUUGUACUGUGCUUUAAAUUACCAUACAAUUUUUUUUCAUGCAGCUCUGUUACUUAAAUAUAUUCUAUGGACAAAACAAGCAGUUUUACACUAUUCAGUAACGUUCAAACAAUUUGUUAUAAGUACUUAAAGGCAUGUUUACUAAGGCCAAAUCUCAUAAAUGCCUUUUGUAAAAAUUCUUUUUUCUUUUACGUUUUGUCCAUAGAUAUUCAACCGAUAAACUUGAGAUCUUUUUUUUUGCAAAAAGAUAUUUCUUCCAAGUUUAUAAACUGUUUAAUAUAACUGUAACUGCCAUGUUAUAUCAGUAACUUAAGUUUUACAUUUGAAAUGGAUUAUACAUUUUGUUAAUUUUUGGAAUAGAGUAAUAUUUUUAUACACAUUUGUAUCGUUUACCAGUUUCCAUAGUAUCCAAGCUGUAUUGUACCUUCCCAGAUGGAAUUGAGUGUUUAUAAGAUGUCACUCUAUUGACUAUCAACAUUUGGGCUAAACCUUCAAUUGUUUCACAGGUCAAGCAUUUAUUAUGUAUCAAUAAAAUAUUAUGUACUCAA